AUUCGGGGAAUCGUUCACGGAAUGUUAAAAAUUUACCAUACUUGAAUCAAGGAUUUUACACAAGAUUAACGUUAGCGCCCCAAGCGGUUCCAUGUGAAAUGAACACGGGCUUUGCAUAUGUGUUAACUUUCCGUUAUAUGACAUAUCUUUGGUAUCCACACUUGCUUUUGCGAUUUGCGAAGCAUGUUGUAACAUUGGGAUGUGGGAAGGUUAUUGCCAUUCACGUUUACUUUUCACAAGUUACAUGUUUCCGAUACGCCUAUUUCACUUCAUCUGAUCGCCAUCACAUUUAAGAAGAAAUAUUUCAUGCGCUAAUGUUUUAUUAAUGUAUUUGAAAAGUCUUUUGCUGCUGUUAAUGUUUUACACCUGCGUUUAUUGUUUACCUUUGCGGUGAACCAAACACUUCUUUUGAAAUAAAAUUUGAACAUAGAAUAGAUAGUUCGCUGAAAGAAAAUGCCUCCAAAAGCCAAACCUGCUCAACCGAGCAAGAAGACUAUUGAGAAAAAAAAAGAAAAAGUUAUUGAGGAUAAAACAUUCGGAUUAAAGAACAAAAAAGGGGCUAAGCAGCAACGUUUCAUUCAGCAAGUGCAAAAUCAAGUCAAGAAUACAGGAAGCACAAAGAAAGGAGAUGUAGAGAAAAAAUUAGAAAAAGAAAAGAAGUUAAAGGAGCAGAAAGAAAUGAAUUUGCUUUUCCGACCAGUAGCUUCUCAAAAAGUUGAAAAAGGCACGGACCCCAAAUCUGUUUUAUGUGCAUUCUUCAAACAGGGACAAUGCACUAAAGGUGAUAGAUGCAAAUUUUCUCAUGAUUUAAGUUUGGAGCGUAAAUCAGAGAAACGCAGCAUGUAUGUUGAUAUGCGUGAUGAAAAUGAAGAAACAAUGGAAAAUUGGGAUGAAGAGAAAUUGAAAGAAGUAGUUGAAAAAAAGCAUGGUGAAGCUGACAAGAAGAGACCACCUACAGAUAUUAUCUGCAAAUAUUUUCUGGAUGCUGUUGAAAAGAGCAAAUACGGGUGGUUCUGGAGCUGUCCAAAUGGUGCUAAUUGUAUAUAUCGACAUGCCUUACCACCAGGGUUUGUUUUAAAGAAAGACAAGAAGAAAGAUGAGAAGAGAGAAGAAAUUUCUCUUGAAGAUCUCAUUGAGAGGGAACGUGCUGCUUUAGGUUCAACCCUCACAAAAAUAACUCUAGAAACUUUCAUUGCUUGGAAGAAGAGGAAAUUGAAAGAAAAGAAAGAAGCCGCUUUGAGGGAAGAAGAAAAGAAACGAAACGAUUACAAAGCUGGGAAACAAAUAGGGAUUUCAGGGAGGGAGAUGUUUUUCUUCAAUCCUGACUUGGCAGCUGCUGAUCAAUAUGAAGAUGGAGAUGAGGCCUUUGAUUCAUACAACUUUCAAGAGGAAGAUGAAGAGUCCGAGGAAAAUAUCAGGUACCGGGAAAUUCAACUGGAUAUUUUGGAGAUGGAGGCUCAAGAAGUGGAUGGUUCAGGAACCCAGGCUACUGAAGAUAGGCUUAAAAGUUCUGCCGUCAACAAUGACAGUAACCAAGUAAAUGGUGAUGAAACUGCAUCAGCUGUUCCUAUUAAUGAAAAUUUAUUUUUGGAUGAUGAGUUGGACGAUCUUGAAGAAGAUAUUGAUGAUUUGAGUUUGGAUGACUAACAGGGGCUAAAAUAUUACAAGAGAUGUCAUCACUUCGCUUGACGAAAGGGAGCAGCCUCUAGUGACAUGGAAGUUGUGGAUGAUGCUAUACCUCAGCUACAAUGAAGUGCCAAGGAAAAAAGGUUAUUGGUGACUGAAAGAUGUAAGAGAGUGUUUUCCUGAUUUCUUGAUUUACAAAAACUUAAGAUAUUUUGGAAAUUCAAGAGGACGACAUUUCAGUUACUGCAUAAAUGGAUCCUUUUGUUCUGCUAUGUUUGCUCCAGUAACCUAUGACGAUGUUGAUAGAUCUCUCAAUUGAAGGUUAUUUGACAGAAGGUACGAAUUAUUCACUGAAAAUUAAAAAAAAAAUAUAUAGUUGCUUUAGGUAUUCAAAAACAUUUGGAAAUUCAAGGUAUUUUGCCAUAAAUGAUCUUUUCAUCAAAGUUUAUCUAACUUUUAUUAAAACUGUUGUGAAAUCCAUAUUCUGUACCGUUGUGUUAAACUGUAAUUGUGAAUUUAUUAUUAAAAAUAAUGGAUUUUAUUUUGCAUUUUUUUGCCUAUUUUAGCUGUGUGAAGUGCCUUUGUGUCUGUCUAUUUUAGAGCUCUAUAGUGCCUAAAGUUCCGGUCUUCAAUGAUUAUGGUGUGUGGACACCUAAAAAAUUGUCUGUCACACCUAAAAAAUUCAAAUAUAUUAUAGUCAUUACAAUUAUUUACAUUCAGUUUGUGACAAAAUGACCAAUCUGAAAGGGAAAAAAAUUGAGCAUAGGCUUUUAUGAUUAACUGGCGAGUGAAAGAUUGUUAAGUGAAAUACAUUAUUAUGUUUUAAGGACUUUAGCUCUUUUUCUUUUCUAUGAAAACAAAAUUUCCUAUCCCUUCUUAGAAAGAUAACAUUUUAGUAAGUAUCUUCAGAAAUUAUAUUUAUUACUGAAUGAUGACUGUGAGUCAGCAGUAUUCACUUUGUUGUCUUGUUUACAUAUUGAAGAAUUGAUGUGAAUUUACAGUACAUUUAUUGUAAAAAUAAAUAUUGUUCGAUAAACAAUUUUUGAAGUUUCUUAACAAGAGGAAUAUUUAUAGUUAAGUGUUCAAUUUAUGAACAUUUCUGCAAUAAAUAACUCGAAUUUGCAUGAAAAUUAUUGAUGGAUAACUUUUGAAGUAGUGACCUUGUAUUCCUUAAAAUAAAUGGAUGAUUUAUAGCCCAGUCUAAUUAAG